AUGGAGCCUAAAGAUCUCACUUCAUCCAGAUCCUUAUACACAAGUGCACAGAUCAAAAUCAGUAAUUCUCCGGCUACAUCUCCUACCGUAUCACACAACAGCAAUUCGCCAUCACCAACACCGGUAGUGCCUACUACCGGUUACAACCACAAAAUCAUUGCCGGCAUACCAUGUGUGGCAGCCGCGUCUAAGUAUACUGCUCCCGUCCAUAUAGACGUCGGUGGCACCAUAUACACGUCCUCACUGGAUACUCUAACAAAGAAUCCUGAUUCAAAACUGGCUAAAUUGUUCAAUGGUAGUAUACCCAUAGUGUUGGACUCUCUUAAACAACAUUAUUUUAUCGACAGGGAUGGCAAGAUGUUCAGACAUAUUCUCAACUUUAUGAGAAAUUCGAAGCUUUCGCUACCUGAUAAUUUCACUGAUAUUGACCUAUUGCUAGAAGAAGCUAGAUACUUUGAAAUCACUCCCAUGUGUAAACAGUUAGAAAACUUGAAACGAGACCGGAUGAAGUGUAACCGGACAAAUGGUUGGGACUCAAACGGCCCGAGUCGGUCCAACAGCAGCCUCUCCGGUACGAAAGACCAGUACGAAUGCGUGUCCGUUCACGUGAGUCCGGACCUCGGGGAGCGGGUGAUGUUGUCUGGUGACCACGCGGUCCUAGACGAGGUAUUUCCCGAAACGGGCCACUCAGCGUUGGAGCCUUCAGCCGGACGUCCGGCGGUGUCCUGGACGCCCGUGGACUCCAGACACCUGGUCCGGUUUCCGUUGAAUGGAUACUGUAAGCUCAACAGCGUGCAGGCCAUCACCCGGUUGCUGAACGCCGGUUUCACGGUGGCCGCGAGCACGGGUGGUGGUGUACACGGCCAACAGUUUUCCGAGUACCUGUUCACCCGAAAAAUGUCCAAUUGA